AUGUCUCGCCCUCCAGGCCGCAACGGCGCCAAGCUGGAGCAGCGCAAGGCGCGCGUUCACGAGGCCAACAGCGUAACAAAGGACUUCCUGCUGCUCUCACAGCCCUUCAUCAACGCCGGCAUCCUGAUCGCGUCCGCCUCGUCGGGCCGCCGCCUGUACAUUCACCACCUCACCGAGGUGCCGCUCAACGAGGUGUACCUCACGCGGACUGGAAACCACCUCCAGCGGAGAACUGUCAACCUGACGGCGCCGGCAAAGGGGACGGCGAUCGACAUCAAGGUGGAGGAGAUCCCGCCGCUGCCGGUGCUCUCCGUCAAGAUGACCCUCGCGCUCCCGACCUCCGUCUUCUCCGGCCCCGCCCGCGCGCGCGACAACGCCGUGCUCGACCUGCUACAGCGUGGCAAAGAGGCAAACGGCGCGGGCGACUUUGGCACCGCGUGCGCCUGUUUCGAGGCCGCGUACGCUCUCUCUGUCCGUGCGGGCAUGCUGGUGUCUGCGGCGAACAUGCGGCUGAAGCUGUCGCACGCGGCGACAGCAGCGGCCAUGUACCGCUUCGUGCUCUCCGAGGAUGGAAGCAUCAAUGAGUCGAUGCAUGGCCGACCUCAGGCGCAGGCCGUGCUCAAGGGGAGAGGGCUCGGCGGCGAGAGUGCGCCGGUGGCGAGCGCGCCGCCGCCCACGUUUGGCUCUUUCGAGGAUUGCGCGAGUGAGAUGGGCAGCGAGCGUUCCGAGGGCGAGGGCGCGGACGGCGACCCGUUCGGCACCUUCUCCGCAGACUUUGGCGACUUUGACGACGGAGGCGGGCUCGACGGCGGCUUCGACGGCGGCUUCGACGGCGGCUUCGACGCCGCCUUUGAGGAGCCGGCGGGAGAUAUGGGGAGAUAUGGGGAGAUAUGA